AUGAAGCAGAAGAUUACCGAAAAAUUUAAGGAUUUGGUGAUGACUGUAGCGGCUAUUUUGGUAAUCGAUUUUUUACGAGGUCUUUGGAUUCGAUAUUGUUCUGAUUGGUGGUGUUGGGAUAUUGAGGCAACUUUUCCAGAAUAUGGGGAAUUUAAAGUGGCUGAAAAUGUGCUCCACUUGGUCAAUUCCCAAGCAAUGGUUUGUCUAGGCACUAUACUCGUUCCUAUGCUUCCAUUAAUUAAUUGUGUAAAACUUGUGGCUGUAAUGUACAUUCGUGCUUGGGCUUGUAUGGUUUGUAAUGUUCCUGCCAAACAAAUAUUUCGAGCAUCUAGGUGCUUUUUUAAAGUUGAAUUUUUUGAAUAUGUUUGGUUAAGUGCAAGUAUGCAGGGACAAUUCUGUAAACUAAACCUAGGCAUAUAUUACCUUUAUAUGUAUUCCCUGAGGAUAGAUAGCUAUAGACGUUGGCUAGCCCCUGGCUAA